AGCAGUGUGUCAGUAACAGACAAGUAAACUCAUCAUGGCUAGCGAGCUCAGGACCGGUGCCCUUUGGCGAGCCGUAUUCGCCGAGUUGGUCGGGAUGACAUUUUUUGUUUUUAUGGGGAUAGCGUCUGCUAUUGGGGGAGAAUCCGAGGUACAUACAGCACUAGCAUUUGGGCUGGCCAUCGCCACCCUGGCUCAGAGUAUAGGCCAUGUCAGUGGAGCGCAUCUCAACCCGGCAAUCACCCUGGGCCUGCUGGUCAGCUGCCAGAUCAGCGCUAUUCGCGCAGCCUUGUACAUUUUAGCCCAAAUGUUGGGAGCGGUCAUAGGCAGCGGCAUUGUCUAUGGUAUUCGUCCUAAAGGUGAAAAAGAGCUGGGGCUCAAUAAGCUUGCUGAAAAUAUGACUCCGGGUAAGGCUUUCGGCGUGGAGUUCCUGGCCACCUUUCAGUUGGUGUUGUGCGUCUUAGCUGCGACAGACAGCCGCCGGAAUGACGUGAAGGGAUCGGCACCGCUCGCCAUUGGACUUUCUGUGGGUUUGGGACACUUUGUGGCGAUCAGCUACACGGGCUGUGGGAUCAAUCCUGCCCGCACAUUUGGACCUGCUGUCAUCGAAAAGUACUUUAAGGACCACUGGGUGUAUUGGGUGGCGCCAAUGUUGGCUGGAGUAUCAGCUGCUCUCCUCUAUGAUUUCAUACUGCAGCCUCACAGCGAGCCCUUCACCAAACGCCUUAAAGCUGUUCGAGGAGGAUCGGAGGCAGAAACAGCCGUGGCAUCCGGCAGUGGCGAGGGCGAGCCACUGUGGCCCAGACGCUAAACACUGCAACUGUAAUGUCACGGAAAUACGCUAACACCUUAACAAAGCGUUUGUUCUACCAAUAUGUCAUACUGUGUGUGUGUGUGUGUGUGUGUGUGUGUGUGUGUGUGUUUGUGUGUGUGUGAGGUUUUCAGGUGACGCCACAGUUGAUGUGUUGUUCCUUUUACAUUGAUUGUAUAUGUUUCAGAUAAAUAACUUCAAAUGUUAAUGAAUAAAGUAUUUCAGCUACUCAAGUUGCCCAUUAGGAUGAUAUUAAAGAAAAUUUUAGGUCUUUUCACUUGAAACCAUAUUACUGUGAACAUAAAACACAAAUUAGGUGUCGAACGGGAACUUGCGUUAUUAUUAUUUUCUAAAGAUCUUAAUAAGAAAAAAAGAAAAAUGUUUUUUCUGUUCAUUUUGCUGUUUAUUUUCUCUUGCUAGAAAAGCAGCCCAUUACACACAUUAGAGACUGAAAUAAUUUAUUCGUUUAAACAAAAAAAUAAUAUAGGUCCAGGUUUCGAACAUGUGUAAUAGCCUUGUGCUGUUAGCACUGUGUGUUAACUGUGUGCUUAUGUAUCUGAAAAUUCAUAAUUGAAAUUUAUAUUCAUUCUUUUUUACUAAAUUUCAAGAAACAAUCUAAAUCUUUCCCAUGUUUUCUUUAAUUUAGUGUAGUUUAUUUAUUUGUUUGUAGAGACAGGGGCCAUUAUUUAUAUAUAAGAGAUAAAAGAAAAGAGUUAUUUUUUUCUGUUGAGCUUAAUUUUAGUUUAAGACCAUAUGCAUUUACAUUAUGCAUUUAUGUCAUAUCUCAUCAUAUUUGUCACAAAUAAAUAUCCUAUUAACACCAUUUUUUUACGUAAAAAAUUGCUAUUAUUAAAAUGUUUUUUUUAAA